CGUCACAUCACCUGACGUCGAACGAUGCGUGGGCUGUGGUGCGUUCCCGCGGAGUCUGGAAACUUUCCGCUGAGUUGGCCGCGCCGUCGAGAGGGAGAAGCACCAGCCGGGUACUUGGAGUUCUCCACCGUCGCGAUAGAAUGCAAUGAAAAUGAGUCUUCUUGAGAUCAGUGAAAACGUGAAGUUGGGCAGAGAAUUUGCCUUAUUGGGGAAUUACGAUUCUGCAUUAGUGUACUAUCAGGGUGUGAUUGAACAGAUUCAGAAAUACUUAUCCUCUGUCAGAGAUCCUACAUACAAGCAGAAAUGGAAUCAGAUAUGGCAAGAGAUAAGUGAAGAAUGUCAGCACGUCAAAGAGAUUAUGGCAACAUUGGAUGGGUUUAAGCAUAACAGUUCUCCUUUGCAGGCUGUUCGACAUGAAGGGCCAACAAAUGAUUUAGAAGUCUGGUCAUUGCCUGUGCCAGUAGAGCGCAAACCAUCACCACACCCAAGAAAACGACAGUCCACUCCAUGCAAUGACCUUAGAGCUCCUCAGAAAGACCGUCUAGGUGCUCCAGCUAAAGGUUCUACCCGUCCAGUAUCUCGAAUAGGAAAUAGUGACAAAGUCAAAGCAAGCAAAGGAAAGGAAAAGAAAGGGAAGGAGGACAAAAUAAAACAGACUGAUGCCUCUGAAAGUGAGCCAAAAAAAUUUGAUGGCUCUGGAAAUGACCGGGAUUUAGUAGAAGCUUUAGAGAGAGAUAUAAUAUCGCAAAACCCAAAUGUUCGAUGGGAUGAUAUAGCAGAUCUGGCAGUAGCAAAAAAAUUGCUGGAAGAAGCAGUAGUUCUGCCCAUGUGGAUGCCAGAUUUCUUUAAAGGAAUCAGACGACCUUGGAAAGGAGUUCUGAUGGUUGGCCCUCCAGGAACUGGAAAAACAAUGUUGGCUAAAGCUGUUGCAACUGAAUGUGGAACAACAUUUUUCAAUAUUUCUUCUUCAACACUUACUUCCAAGUAUAGGGGAGAGUCUGAGAAACUGGUCCGCCUUCUGUUUGAAAUGGCCAGAUUUUAUGCCCCAACAACCAUUUUCAUUGAUGAAAUUGACUCCAUUUGCAGUCGUAGAGGAACUGCUGAGGAGCAUGAAGCUAGCAGAAGAGUGAAAGCAGAACUCCUCGUUCAGAUGGAUGGUGUUGGAGGUGCAUCAGAAAAUGAUGACCCUUCCAAGAUGGUUAUGGUUCUGGCAGCCACUAAUUUUCCAUGGGAUAUUGAUGAAGCUCUAAGGCGGCGACUGGAAAAGCGGAUUUACAUUCCUCUGCCUUCAGCAACAGGCAGAGAGGAGCUGCUGCGGAUAAAUCUGCGGGAACUGGAAGUGGCAGAUGAUGUGGAUCUCAAAAAAAUAGCUGAACAAAUGGAGGGGUAUUCUGGUGCAGAUAUUACUAAUGUUUGCAGGGAUGCCUCCAUGAUGGCCAUGCGACGUCGCAUCCAGGGCCUAACUCCUGAGGAAAUAAGAAAUAUCUCCAGGGAUGAACUGCAGAUGCCAACAACCAUGGAAGACUUUGGAAUGGCAUUGAAAAAGAUUUCAAAGUCUGUUUCUGCUGCAGAUCUUGAGAAAUACGAGAAAUGGAUUGCUGAGUUUGGCUCCUAUUGACCAAUAUAGAAGUCUUUUAAUUAGUAAUAGCUAAAUCACUGGGUUUCCUCAGGUAAGAUAGAAGAUUGUCUUAGCCACAGGCCAAAAAUAAUUGCUCUGAGUGCCCUAUUUAUAAUUAAUGCCACUGAGUUCUUGCUUCUUAUAUCCUUGACUUUUUACUUUAUAGAUUUUUUUUAUUUAAACCACAGAUAUUGCAAACCAAAGUAAAAGUUCUUGGAGAAUCUUCCCAUCAGGAUCUGUUUAAAAUAUUUUUUAAAAAUUGCAAAGCAUUCUAUUUAAUUCUAAAAUUAUUUUGUUUUUCUCUAGCAAUGUUGGUGUGUUUUAGAAAAGUUUUUAUUUUACUCUUCACUGGAUCAUUUAUACCUAUGUUAAUAACUGUCAAUGCAACAAUAUGGAGAGUUUCAGUUUUAAGUAUACCAGUUAAUUUAGCUCCUUGACACUUGCCCUCAUUCAGGCUAGUCAAAUGUGUUCACUUUUGAAUAGAAUUGAAAGAAAUAGGGAAAAAUAAAAUAGAGUAAAUGAUCAUUAAUUUGAAUUCUUUCAAUUAUUAUUUUUAAUAGAUUUUGAUGGGGAGCUUCCCUCUUAAUCAUUUUUGUAGUUUAAUUUCUAAUAAACUCUUUAAAACAUAUCUUGAAAGUUCAAACAGCAUGUAACGUACUUCAGAAUACAAUGAGAAGGUGUCCAUUUCCUUUUCCCUUUGUUCCGUUACUCAUUCAAGCUUCUUUCCUGCCCCUUCAUUAUAGCAUAGCCUGAAGUUGAUGCAUAAAAUAUUAGAAGAAAAAGAAUAUUAAGGUAAAGGAGCAAUUAGGGAAUUAGUUAGUUCUUUUCCCAUUUUCAGAGAUCUUUAUGACCAGCUAGUUUGCAUGAACUCCUUGUACAUCUCAAAGUAUCAAUGAAAUUGGAUUCACCGAUUCUUUUUUUUUCUUUCAUUCAUUCAGUCAGCAUGUGUAGAUAGGUUGUUAGUGUUAUUUGAAAGGCUGGUUAUCUUCUAGCAGUGUUCCUGUUUGGGCACUCAGCUGAUGCUACUACUCAGGUAUGAAAGGGCUUAAUUCUUCAGUCUUUUUCGUCCAUUGUCCUUAGCAGAUCUUUUUAGAUCUUCUCAUCUGCCACAGCAGAAGAAAAUUUGAAUCACUGCCAGUUUUUUUUUUCCCCCUCUGUUUAAAAACUUGAAAAAUUAUUUCCUCAGAUUGGUGGGCAUUUUGUACAACUUUACUACUGGGGAGACUGCUGGCAUAGAAGUCCUAGAGGGUAGGGGCCUCCCUGCCAGCGAUCUGUGUAUGAUCUACACCCUUUGUUUUGAAGGCAUUAAAACAAAGUUGGAAAUGGACAGAGCUGUGAGUGUUGCUAGUUCCUAAUAUUAAAACAAGGUAAUUUCCUCUAGCUGGUGUAUCUUUAAUUUGUAUCAGUUUACUGUUUAAGAAUCAGCAUGAUGGGCUUAACAGAUGUGCCAUGUGAAAACAAUUUUGGCUGCAAGGACAGUUAAGUAUGAAUAAAUCCUUCUGAAUAUAGAAGAAGCUUAGACUGACAUCACCCCUGUUCCCAGGUUGUUAUGCUGUAGUUUUGGGGCUGGUUCAUUAGUUACAGGCAGCUAAUGCUGUCCCUGCACUGUGCACCAAUUUCUUAACUUCCUUGUUGAAAACAUUGAAGUACCAAAUGGAGAAAUUUCAUGGCUAGUUUUCUCACAGUUACCAUACAAAACUGAGGAAUGGCAUUCUUUGUUUGUGUAUGUUUGAUCCUCCUGUUUGAUAUUUUCUAUUUCAUCUGUGUGUGCAGGUAGGACAAAAUAAUUAAAUCAGUUUAGUAGUUUGAAUUAAUUAGGAGCAGGGCUUUGGGUAAAUCACUGCAAUUAAAAUAUUUUGGACAUCUUAGUGUCUAUAAUUCUUUGCCUUUUUCCUGAGCAGACCUGCAUCCUUUGGGGCAAGAGUUUCAUUUAUGCAGUGGAGACUUGCUAGGUUUGUGAAGAACUUGGACUUUUUAGCAGCAUAACUGUCUAGACCCUCAGUUUCUGUACUUCAUACUGGCCUAAGAAUCUUCCAUUUGUGAGUCUCUGGAAUACUUAUUACAUGUAGAAAUGGAAAGAAUGCAACGUAACAGUUUUUUUUUUGUCCUUUUGCCUUUCUAAUGCUCUGUCAGGCACAAAUGUAGCAAUGAAACAUGCAUUCUGGAGAAAGUAUGUCAAAGUUGCCCUGCUGCAGGGGGAAAAAAAACUGAGUACUGUAUCUGAAUAUCUGAAACCCUGUAUCUGAAACCAAGGUGAAUGUUCCUUUUAGCUGAUUUAUUUUCUGCAGAUAACUUGCAUUUAUUGGUUAAAGGCUAAAUUGAGGAAGAUUUUCCUUGCAUGCGCAACCCGGAUUCCAUGAGAUGAUUCCCAAAUUACAUUUUGUAAUCAUGAAGAGAUCAUUCAAGGUACCAAGGUCAUGAAGUAAAGAAUGAAGGUGGUACAUAAAUCAAGAGUGUAAACUUGGCUCAUAACUGUGGUGGAUAAAGUCAGUCUGUACUUUAAAUUCUGAAUUACAAAUUACUUUCAGCAAAUUGUUCAUUCCUCUGUAAUUCAGAGACCAUAACGUUGUUGUACUGCCAACUGUUCAGACAAUAUUCAAACAACCCUCUAGUCUUAUUUAAAAUGAAUUAAGAUGUGCUCUAAAGAGUGGAUGUUGCAUCAUAGAUUUUUUUUACAAAUUUAAAAAUUUGUACUUCUGUUCUGGAAAUGCCUUUUAUUGUUUCUGUAAUGAACUAUCUUAAAUAAAAAUGUUAAUCACUGC